AUGACAAUGGCGGGUAACAAUUCUGAAGCCAGCUUCAAGAACAAUGGUCACACUAUUCCCAAAGGUGGUAAUAACGGUAGUCGGCUCACUUUGAAUAAUGAACUGUCAGGGCCGGGUCUACUUAGAAUUGGGAGAUUCAAAUUCCGAGCAAAGACGGAUGAUCUACCACAAGAUUGGUGGGUUGCAUCAACCGCAUUCCCUCUCAUCGCUGCCACAAUUGGACCCUUGGCAAAUGUUUUGUCAAUUUCCGCUCUAGUUACAAAAUGGAGGGCUGAUCUACCUGAUGAUGGACAAUUGCCAUUUGGUGCUGAUGAAAAUGGCGUUGGCAUACCUGAUCCACAAUGGGAAAUCAUCCUAAAUGCUAUUUCUCUUGGAUGUGGGUUUGCCGGCAAUCUUUUCUUGCUCCUGAACUUUAUGCGCAGGGUCAGGUAUAUCGUUGCAUUACCUCUAUCGAUAAUCUUCUGGUACUUGUCUACUGGCAUCCUUAUUGGUAUCUUGUUAGCUAUGAACGAGUACGUCCCACCAAUUCGUCCUGGUCAAACUUGGUCUCAGGGAUUCUGGUCCGCAGUCAUGGCAGCUUCAUUAUAUCUCGUAGGAUCAAUGGUUCUCAUGGUCAAUAUGCUUGGCUAUUUCCUUGGUCAUUACCCACAACAUUUUGAACUCGAUGACGAUCAAAGAACUUUGAUCUUACAAACCAUGAUGUUCUUUAUAUGGUUAGCUGGUGGAGCUGGAGUUUAUCAAACAGUCUGUGGAUUUCAGUACGCUGAUGCUCUCUAUUUCUGUGAUGUCACAAUAUUGACGGUCGGUUUCGGGGACUUCGUACCUAAUAACAGUCUUGGUCGAGGGCUACUUUUUCCAUAUGCUGUCAUUGGCAUCAUCUUCCUUGGUCUUAUGAUCAAUAGUUUACGCAAGUUCGCUUCCGGUAUGUCACAGGACAAGAUUGUCAAGCAUCAUGCAAUGCGUCAACAACAGGAAACCUUUGGCCGUUCAGUCACGAAUGAGAAAGAGAUUCGGGACCGUCUCGGCUUACCUCCCAAAUCUGACAUACGUCACCGUAGUGCAGUUGGAGAUUCUUCCGGAGCUUCCGGUUCAGGCUUGAUGCGUCGUCCUUCGCUAGACCAGUAUGGUCAUUUUGAUAUUCAAGGCCAAAACAUCACUUUUCAUCAAAAGAGAGUCUAUUCCUCUGGUGGUCGAGGGGGAGCGGCGGGGCUGACACAUAAUUCACUCAUUCCUCUUAGUCGUGACGCUAAGCUUCAUAAACAUGCCGAAAACAAAUCUCCCCGAAUAAAGCAUGCUAAGCGUCGAGAGAAACUAAUUCUACUCAGAGAAGAAAAGGAUCGUUUUGAUGCUAUGCGUCAGAUUCAAACUAAUGUACGAAAAUUCAAGCAGUACUACGCACUAUCAAUGUCUAUUUUUGCCUUCUCAAUUCUUUGGUGCGGAGGUGCCACUGUUUUCUGGAGAGCCGAAAAGCGUGAGCAAGACUUAACAUACUUUCAGGCUUUGUACUUUUGCUAUGUUUCUCUUUUAACUAUUGGUUAUGGCGAUUUUGCACCAAAAUCCAAUGCUGGGAAACCCUUCUUUGUCGUUUGGUCUUUGAUUGCAAUACCUACAAUGACGAUUCUCAUUUCAGAUAUGAGUUCUACUGUUAUAGCAGCCAUUAAUCGUGGCACAUUUACAUUAGCUGAUUGGACGAUUAUGCCUAAAGCAGGAGUCUGGCAUGAUUUUCUCAUGAAUCAUCCAAGAAUACAUGCAUGGUUAUCGAAAAAGACAGACGAAAGAGAAGCUAAAAAGCGCAUUCGUCGCGGGUUCGAUGUGCAAAAUCCGGAUGAUAGACAAAUACCUAUAAUUGACGACGUCGAUCCGGAUCCGGAAUCCUCUCUGGGCCAGGUUGUUGAGGAAAUUGAGGAACCUCCAGAACAUACCGAACAUGAUCUAGCCCGAAAAUUAGCGACAGCUAUCAAACGCGUCGCGAACGAUCUACGAGCUGAUAAACCAAAGAAAUAUAGUUAUGAGGAAUGGGUGGAGUUUACUCGCUUAAUCAGAUUCAGCACGCAUAAUGCGAAGGAAGUCGAGGAGGAAGAGGAAGAUGAGGGAUUGGUCGAAUGGGAUUGGAUUGGUGAGGAUAGUCCAAUGUUAGCGGAUGUUAGCGAGAGUGAAUGGGUAUUGGAUCGGCUAUGUGAGAGCUUGAAUAGGUAUACGAGACGACAGGGAAAAAUUACGAGAAGGCAACAGGCAGAGAUGGAUAGGAUAGAGGAGAGCGAGAAAAAACAUCUUCAUAGGAAGGCGAAGCACAAUUUGCAUUAUCCUGCACAUCCCGGACCGAGAACUCCAAGUCCAGAAUUGAAAAGGGGGUCGGGGCAGAGCGGAGGCGGAGAUAGUUCGAAUUGGAAAGGUGGCUCGGUUGAUAGUAAGGAUGAGGAUGCGAAUGAUGAUGGAGAUGAAGGGGUAAAACGGCAUGUUGUCUUUAUUGAUGAUGCUGGUGAUAAAGAAACAAAAAGUCAGAUAUCACCGAGUAGUAGCGGGGAGGGAAAUGGGGGUGGGAGUGGGAGUGAAUCUCUCGCGACCCCAACCUCGGAUGUUCUUAGAAGUAGCAACAGAGAUUGA